AUGGCGACGAACGGUACCGAAAAGAUCGACUUGGGAAAGCCCCAGUUUGCUUCCCACUCAUGGCUCGAGCCGAUCGUCGUCGUUAGCAUUAUGCUUACCUCCCUCUACGUCAACCGAUACAAGCACUUCAACAUCCUCGAUAAAAACCGUGACCCCGUCGCCGAGCGAGAGUUUCUCAAAUCCGACGUCGAGUCGAGCGCCGCCCCCCUACAAGACGAGAAUGGCCGCAAGGACCCCCACGAGUCGAAGCGACGCGUAUACGGCUGGUUCGUGAUCAGGACGCCAAACUCGGCUCGUUUCGCCCGUCACAUCCACAGCCGGCUCGUACAGAAAUUCCCGUUCUUGGUGGAGAUGUUUUACUGGGUCCUCAACUACGCCUUCUACUCUUGCACCAAGGCCAUUUCGCACGCUCUAUCUCCGGCUGGGACCGACGUUGUGCAGCUUGCUCAGGACCAUGGGAUUGCAAUUCUCGACCUGGAGCACCGCUCGAUUUUCAGCAUCUUCUUUCCGAUCGAGGAGUCCGACUUUCAAUCGUUCUUCCUUACUGGCCACCCCGGGUGGAUGACAUUCUUUAAUCGCAUCUACUCGCUUGUUCACAUCCCGGGAACAGUUGCUUUCCUUUCAUGGUGGUACUGGGCCGCCCCCGACCACGAGCGAUUCGCGAUCGCCCGCCGCACGAUGACCCUCGGAAAUUUCGUCGCCUUCAUCGUCUUCUGUUUCUUCCCCUGCAUGCCUCCCCGCCUGCUCCCCGAGUCCUUCAACUUCCACGAUACCGUGCGCCAGGAAAACGCAGAAAGUGUGUGGGUCGGAGGAAAGAUGGUCAACCAGCUGGCGGCGAUGCCGAGUUUGCACUUCACAUACGCCUUCUGCAUUGGCGCGACAUUCAUCUACCACUCCAACUUCUGGUCUGCAUUUAACGGCGGACGACGGACCCUGCGCUCCAUGGUCACGACCGUGAUCUUCGUCCUCCUCGGCAUCCUCUACCCUCUCCUAGUCCUCUCGGUGAUUGUCGCGACAGCCAACCACUACUGGUUCGACGCAACGGUCGCCAUGUUCUCCGUCAUCAUCUGCUUCCUCAUCAACCGCAUCUGGCUGAUCCUGCUGCCACUGGAGGACCUGUUUCUCUGGGUAACCCGCCUGGAGAAGCCCGUGCCGACAACCGGCUUCCGACACCGCAACAGUCGCCAGACCAAGGGUGACGAUGGCUUCGAGGAGUCGGAGCACUUGCUUGAGCGCUACACGUGA